AUGGCGGCUGACAUCAGCCCUCGCCCUCAAGCCCGCAAGCCCGUCCUGCUCAGCAAGAUCGAAGCCCUGCAGGACGUGGUGAACACGGCCGUGAUCAUACCGAAGGAGGACGGGGUGAUCAGCGUCUCCCAGGACAGGACGGUCCGUGUAUGGCUGAAGAGAGACAGUGGACAGUACUGGCCCAGUAUCUACCACACAAUGCCGGCUCCCUGCUCGUGUAUGUCUUUCAAUCCUGAGACCAGGAGGCUUUCUGUCGGGAUGGACAACGGAGUCGUCUCGGAGUUCAUCCUGUCAGAAGACUACAAUAAAAUGACUCCAGCUCGCUCCUAUCAGGCUCAUCAGGGUGGUGUGACUGUGGUGUUAUUUGUGCUGGAGAUGGAGUGGGUUCUGAGCACAGGACAGGAUAAGAGCUUUACCUGGCACUGCUCGGAGAGCGGUCAGCAGCUUGGCACCUACAGGACCACUGCGUGGGUGUCUGGACUUCAAUUUGAUGUGGAGACCAGACACGCUUUUGUGGGUGACCACUCUGGUCAGGUGACCAUCCUGAAACUGGAACAAGACAGCUGCAGUCUGGUCACCACUUUCAAAGGCCACACAGGUAACGUGACCGCUUUGUGCUGGGACCCAGUGCAGAGGGUGUUAUUCUCUGGAAGCUCGGAUCAUUCCAUAAUUAUGUGGGACAUUGGGGGCCGGAAAGGCACAGCCAUCGAAAUGCAGGGACACAAUGAGAAGGUGCAGGGACUGUGCUACGCUCCCCAUACUCGCCAGCUCAUCUCCUGCGGCUCUGAUGGAGGAAUCGUCGUCUGGAACAUGGACGUUACACGACAGGAGACUCCAGAGUGGCUGGACAGCGACUCCUGUCAGAGGUGUGAACAGCCGUUCUUCUGGAACUUCAAACAAAUGUGGGACAGCAAAAAGAUCGGCCUGCGACAGCAUCACUGCAGGAAGUGCGGGCAGGCCGUGUGCGGCAAGUGCUCGUCCAAGCGCUCCACCAUUCCGCUCAUGGGCUUCGAGUUUGAGGUGCGGGUUUGCGACAGCUGCCACGAGUCCAUCACUGAUGAAGAACGGGCACCCACUGCAACGUUUCAUGACAGCAAGCAUGCCGUCGUGCACAUGCACUAUGAGCCGACCAGGAGCUGGCUGCUGACCUCCGGAGCAGACAGGGUCAUCAAGUUAUGGGAUAUGACCCCUGUGGUAUCCUGAAAGUGACCUUGACCAGCGGUGACCAUCCCACACCAGAGGAUGGUGUCACCAUUGCAGUACUCGGCGCAAGCUCUGUGUGGAUGGAGAAGAUGCACGCAGUUCACCAUGGACCCAGAUGUUGUCUGCUAAGAAGAUGAAAAGCCUUUGCAGGAUCAGCUCAAACAGCCUGCAGAGACAAACUGAACUCAAGGAAAAGUCUAGCACUGAUCUGGAGGGUGGACAGUAACAGGAAAUGCCCAGGAUGUGUGUGUGUGUGUGUGUGUGUGUGUGUGUGUGUGUGUGUGUGUGUGUGUGAGAGAGAGACAUGUGGGACCAUGUACAGUCAUGUGAAAAGAAUAGCUUGACCAAACACGUUAAUGUGGCUUUCAGUGAAUGGGAGCUAAUGGCCAGCAGUUAGCAUGACAUCACUGGCACAGUACUAAUUGGUGGCUGUUCUUCUUUUUAAUUUAUUGUAAACAGCGUUCGCUUUUUUGACUGAACUGUUCCUUUAAAAUGGGCCAGUCGCGUCCUGCUUAAUCAGAUCCUGUGAAAAAGGCCUGAGCUCUGUUACCCUCUUUAAAACCUAGUGUUGUUUAUUCGUCUGUGAAUAUGCAAAUCAAACUGUUGGUGUUGAUUCAAGGCAUGUGGCAUGUGUGAACAAGUGCCUUUCUCAUACAUGCUUAAUUUAUGUUACACGUGGUCCGUUGAUCAUGGAUCGUCGAUUUGACACUAAAUUAAAACGGAUGUUGUUUAGCUGUAGUAAUAAUUAUUGAAAGGGGUCGCACCUUGUGUGAAGCCCCCUGGUUUGAAUUCAGUUUAAACUGGACCGUGAAAAAUUUGUUUACCUUUGGUGAAAUGGGUAUGAAUUACUGGGUUUGCAUGGCUGUGAAGAGGAUUCAUUAAGUGGAACUUUGUCACGGGUUGAGGUCAGUGUGUUUAUUUUGUUAGGGACCGUGUAAAUAAAGAGGCGAGUUAGGGUUGAGAGGUGUAGAUAUCAAAGAUGAGUAAACGCCAGCAAACCUAGAAGCUGAUGCAAGCAUCCUAAACUAAAGCAUACUGCCCUACUUCUUUUUUUCAUUUAUAUCUUACCUUUGAUGUAGAUGGUUUGCAGAUCACCGCCAACAAUGACCUGGCAGCUUUUUUCUUCAGCUCGGACUGAUGUUUUUGUUUGUGUUUACCUGUGAAAAUGGGCAUCCUCUACUCUGACAAAGUAUCGGGUUUCCCUUUUAUAGACCCCCGUGCCAGUGUCUUUGGGCUGGUUCACCAACAGGGCUUUAUACCAUGAUGCAACUUUAUGGGUGUGACAUAAAGAUUGUUGGACCAACUGGUUGCGAGCCGAAUGUUCACUGAGAACGGGCGUAUGGUCAAAUUGAAGACCUUUUCUAGGCAAUGGAACCACUUUAAACAAGCUAGUUGUAAGUCUCCAAUUGGCGCAAUGAGACACAAGCACAGACUGGCAGUUGCUGAAUUCCAUCAUUAAACACAUUUUUGUUGAAGGCGUUCAUGAAAUCUUUAGUCUGGGAGUGUCCACUCACUGGUCUAAGAUAUUUGUACAUGUGUGAUGUAUUACUUCAGAGUUGGUCCUCGAUUUCCAGAGGAAAGAGAAGUUUUCACAGAGUAUCAGUUUAAGAAAGACACUGUCCAAUAUUACACUAUUUCCAGAAUAUUUCGCUCCUGAAGUGGGACAGGAUUAUAUAACGGAGGGAACGCAGUGAUCCACACUCAUGUCUAUGUGGUGUUUGUGUAGAGGUGGCCGUGUGGUCAAUGAGGCCCAGAGAACCUUUUGAUGUAACGUUUUUUCCUCUGGUUUUAUAUUAAGCUUAUUUUGUUUAAUAGUCUAUUCAGAGGAUCUUAACUUGAUAUAGCAGCUGUUUAUUUACAGUGAUGGUUAAAGGUUUGUAGCUGGGUAAGUUACAGCAUUCCUUAAUCCGUGUAUUCAUAAUAGAUUAUGAUAGAUUAUUUAGGACCUUCUGACACAAACCUGAAGCUUCUUAUUUGCCGGCUUCUUAUUCGAGUUUCCCCGUUCCACCUUAAAUGGUGCAGCUUCAGGCACCAGAGAGUGACUGCUGUACCAUUUUAAAGCGGAACGGGGAAAUUUGAACAAGAAGCUGGCAAAUGGGGAGCCAGUUAUCUUCGUCGUCCUUACUGUGUUUUGGGGGGUUUUGGUUUAUUUUUGUGUGUAUUAAGACUAGAAGUGAUUCACACAUUGGUGGAUUUGCUGAGAUUGUGUUUCUCGCGCUAAGCUCUGUUUUUAGCAUCAGGUGCAGACUGAAUACUUUCCUGCUGGUCUGAACGGCUAAUUACCACGAUCAGUUAUUAAAGAGAUAAAAGCUGCCGAGAGCACCGGUGCAGCCCGGAUUAAUCUGUGUCUGAGGAUUAUAAUUAAACGGAUUUGGUGAAAA